AUGGCUUCCAACAAAAAUGUUACAUCCGUAUCUUUUUUCUUUUUCCUCCUCUUUCUAUUCACCACCGUGAAUUCUACCACCGUGGUGCCUUCAUGGCAUGCGGCGGGCCAACAAUGCCCUAUUGAUACCCGACAAUUAGCGGCGUGCGCCCCAGUGUUGGCCACAGGUCCAAAGGGUAAACCACAGCAGCCAUGCUGUCAUUUUCUUGCACCCCUGGUUAAGAUUGAUGCCCUUCUAUGUGUUUGCAUUGCCCUUAAAGACAACGUUCUCGGCAGCAACCUCGACAUUCCACUCUCCCUUCCUGCUUAUUUGUCAUUUUCGUAUGCUGGAAAGACUAACACGACUCUGUUGCAUUAUGACUACUGA